AUGAAGCGCAGCCUGAGGAAGAUGCUACGCCCUGGAGAGAAGGAGCCCCAGGACGUAGUCUAUCAGGGCGUGGAGGACGACAUGGACGAAUCCAAGGACUCCUUUAAGGUGGUUUUUGAAGGAAAUGCACAUAGAUUACAAAACUUUAUCAAGAACCGAAGGAAAUUAAGCAAAUAUGAUGAUACCAAUGCUUCACCUUUGCAUCAUGCAGCCGCAGAAGGUCAAGUGGAACUGAUGAAGACGAUCAUCAGUGGCUCUUCUUGUGCAGUGUUGAAUGUAAUGGACGAUUAUGGAAACACCCCUUUGCACUGGGCUACAGAAAAAAACCAGGUUGAAAGUGUUAAGUUUCUUCUCAGCCAAGGAGCAAACCCAAACCUCCGAAAUGGCAACAUGAUGGCGCCCCUUCACAUAGCCGCUCAGGGCAUGUACAACGAGAUCAUAAAGGUCUUGACUGAGCACAGAAGUACUAAUAUUAAUUUGGAAGGAGAAAAUGGAAACACAGCAUUAUUAACCACAUGCGCCAAGGAUAAUAGUGAAGCCCUGCAAAUUUUGGUGAAGAACAUGGAUACAGUCGACAGAGUCACAUUAACUUUGUGAAUAAUAAGAAAGUCAGCCCGCUCCACUUGGCGGUUCAAAGUGGAGACUUGGAAAUGAUUAAAAUGUGCCUGGACAAUGGUGCACACAUAGAACUGGUGGAGAAUGGGAAGUGCAUGGCCCUUCAUUUUGCUGCAACCCAAGGAGCCACUGAAAUUGUUAAGUUGAUGAUAUCAUCUUAUUCUGGUGACAGCAAUAUUGUUAAUGCUCUUGAUGGAAAUUGUGAGACCCUGCUUCACAGAGCUUCAUUAUUUGAUCACCAUGAACUAGCAGAGUACUUAAUUUCAGCGGGAGCAGAUAUCAAUAGCACUGAUUCUGAAGGACGCUCUCCACUUAUACUAGCAACUGCUUCUGCAUCUUGGAAUAUUGUGAAUUUGCUGCUCUCUAAAGAUGCAACAUAUCAAGGAGCUGGUCAUGGAUGAAGACAAUGAUGGGUGUACUCCUCUGCAUUAUGCAUGUAGACAGGGGGUCCCUGUCUCUGUGAAUAACUUGCUUGGUUUCAACGUAUCCAUUCAUUCCAAAAGCAAAGAUAAAAAGUCACCCUUGCAUUUUGCAGCCAGUUAUGGGCGUAUCAACACCUGUCAGAGGCUCCUACAGGACAUAAGCGACACGAGGCUCUUGAAUGAAGGCGACCUUCAUGGAAUGACCCCUCUCCACCUGGCAGCAAAAAAUGGACAUGAUAAAGUGGUUCAACUUCUUCUGAAAAAAGGUGCAUUAUUUCUCAGGCUUUGCAUCAUGCUUCCAUGGGUGGGUACACUCAGACCAUGAAGGUCAUUCUCGAUACCAAUUUGAAGUGUACAGACCGGCUAGAUGAAGAAGGGAACACCGCGCUGCACUUUGCUGCCCGUGAAGGGCAUGCCAAGGCGGUGGCACUGCUUCUGAGCCACGAUGCAGAAAUCAUCCUGAACAAGCAGCAGGCCUCCUUUCUGCACAUUGCGCUUCACAAUAAGAGGAAGGAGGUGGUGCUCACGACCAUCAGGAGCAAAAGGUGGGAUGAAUGUCUUCAGGUUUUUACUCAUCAUUCUCCAAGCAAUAGAUGUCCAACCAUGGAAAUGGUAGAAUACCUCCCUGAAUGCAUGAAAGUUCUUUUAGAUUUCUGUAUGAUACCUUCCACAGAAGAUAAGUCUUGCCGAGACUACCAUAUUGAGUACAAUUUCAGAUAUCUUCAGUGUCCAUUGGAAUUAACCAAACACACAACACCAAUACAGGGUGUUAUAUAUGAGCCUCUUUCAGUCCUCAAUGUCAUGGUACAACAUAACCGCAUAGAGCUUCUCAAUCAUCCUGUGUGUAAAGAAUAUUUACUCAUGAAAUGGUGUGCCUAUGGAUUUAGAGCCCAUAUGAUGAACCUCGGAUCUUACUGUCUUGGACUCAUACCUAUGACCUUACUUGUUGUAAAUGUAAAGCCAGGAAUGGCUUUCAACUCAACUGGAAUCAUCAAUGAAACAAGUGAUCAUUUGGAAAUAUUAGACUCUACGAACUCAUAUGCUAUACAAGUUUGUAUGAUUUUAGUUUUUUUAUCAAGUAUAUUUGGAUAUUGCAAAGAAGUGGUUCAGAUUUUCCAACAGAAAAGGAAUUACUUUUUGGAUUAUAACAAUGCCUUGGAAUGGCUUAUCUACACAACUAGCAUUAUUUUCGUGCUGCCCUUAUUUGUUAAUGUGCCGGCGAAUGUGCAGUGGCAAUGUGGAGCGAUUGCAAUAUACUUCUAUUGGAUGAACUUCUUAUUGUAUCUUCAAAGAUUUGAAAAUUGUGGAAUUUUCAUUGUUAUGUUGGAAGUAAUUUUGAAAACUUUGCUGAGGUCUACAGUCGUAUUUGUCUUCUUGCUUUUGGCAUUUGGACUCAGCUUUUAUGUCCUUCUGAAUAUACAGGAUGCCUUCAGCUCUCCGUUACUUUCCAUAAUCCAGACCUUCAGCAUGAUGCUAGGAGAUAUCAAUUACCGAGAUGCCUUCCUAGAACCAUUUUUGAGGAAUGAAUUGGCAUAUCCAUUUCUGUCCUUUGCCCAACUUAUUGUCUUCACAAUGUUUGUCCCAAUUGUCCUCAUGAAUUUACUUAUCGGUUUGGCAGUGGGGGACAUUGCUGAGGUACAGAAACAUGCAUCAUUGAAGAGGAUCGCUAUGCAGGUGGAACUUCACACCAGCUUAGAGAAAAAGCUACCACUCUGGUUCUUACGCAAAGUAGAUCAGAAGUCCACCAUUGUGUAUCCCAACAGGCCCAGAGGUGGGAAGAUAUUGCGUUUAUUUCAUUACCUUUUUGGUAGCCACGAAAUAAGACAAGAAAUAUCAAAUACUGAUACAUGUUUAGAAAUAGAAAUGUUGAAACAGAAAUACCGGCUGAAGGACCUCACUUCUCUCUUGGAGAAGCAGCAUGAGCUCAUCAAACUCAUCAUUCAGAAGAUGGAGAUCAUCUCUGAGACCGAAGAUGAGGAUAACCACUGCUCUUUUCAAGACAAGUUCAAAAAAGAGCGGUUGGAACUCAUGAGUAGCAGAUGGAAUUCCGUGUUGAGAGCAGUCAAGACAAAAACACAGUGCCUGGAGCCCAGACCCUAAAUGGGGCUUCUUAUGGGGGUACAUGACUCACUGCAUCUAAGUUCACCUAGAAAGAGUGAGGAAGGAGCAGAAAUCUGAUUGAUGCCACUCCGUGGGAAACAGUGGUUCCUGCAUUCUUUGUCAAAGUCAAUUAUUUCUCUCUAUUCAUAUUUUCUGCCAAUCACUAGGUAUUGAGAAUAUCUUUGCAGAUAUGUUCAAGCUGACCUUUAAUGAAAGGUAAUAUCAUCCUUUGAAUGAAUAGAAAACUUAUUUGCUAGAACACACAUUUAAGGAUAAAGGAGUAAUACAUGUAUUAACUAUUAAGCUAGAAUGCAAAUGGCAAUACUGGAUUCCUGCUUGAUAAUUAUAUAACAUGAGAUAACUUAGUUAACAGUCCCAAGAACCAGAUUGAGUUCUACCAUGUGGAAAGCUUUUCUGUGUUACAAGAACUUUUGGUUGCACAACGUGUGCUGUCUGUUCCAACUGUGGUAAACAGCCCAACCCUUCUUGCUGAUGUUACUUUGAGCCAUGUAUUUGAAGUCCAAAUUAGUAGACCUUAUGCUAUGCAUGAAUUGUGUUAUAGAUAAUGUGUUAUUUCUGUAUAUUUUGUUUUCCUGUGAUCACAAUAAAUAUAAAACCUGUGUAGUCAUUCCUCAGCAA